CGUUGUGCAGCUGAGGCCGGAAAAUGGCGGCUCCGGAGAGCCGGUUGGUGUCGCUGCCUCUGUCUCGGAUCCGACUCAUUAUGAAGAGCUCGCCCGAUGUGUCCAACAUUAACCAGGAUGCGCUGAUGGUCACUGCCAAGGCCACUGAGCUUUUUGUCCAGUUUCUCGCCACCCACUCGUACAAACACGGCACCGGCAAAGAGACCAAAACCCUGACGUACAGCGACUUGGCCAACGCCGCCGAGGAAUCCGAAACAUUCCAGUUUCUCUCAGACAUUUUGCCCAAGAAGAUUCUGGCCAGUGACUACUUGCAAAUGUUAAAAGACGAACAGGAAAGGGAUGAAGAUGAUGAUGAUGAGGAGGAAGAAGAAGAAGAAGAAGAUGAUGAGGAUGAUGAUGAUGAUGAAGAGGAGGAGGAAGAUGACGAUGAUGAAGAAGAUGAUGAUGAUGAUUAGCCAUACUGAGCUGGACUUUGUACUUUUGUAUUCUGUGUGACUAUUUUUGACUACUAAGUUACUUUUGUAUUUUUUUUAGAGACAACUUGCCCUUUGCUCCUCUCGGGAGAAUGUUCCAGAAUAAAUCCAUUUCUAACAAACA